CGCUAUUUCCAAAGAUGUCUAGCGUUAAAGUUAUUCACAAACAAGCCUUCACCCAGCAGCAACUAGUCCGGACGGGUGGAGGUCUACACUCGUGCUUCAUGUCAAGGGUGACUGAGACAAUUUACAAAUUACAAUGCACACUGUAAUAACUUAAUUCCUGGAAAACCAAGAACCGGCGGAGCGAGGGAUAGAAUGGAGGGUCUAAGGACUGUAAAAUCUUCUGCGUUUCCUUGCGUUUCUUCCGCACUCUCUGCUUCUCACUCACCGGCGAAGAAAACAUUUCACUUAACCUACAUCCCCGCCGGCUCCCGGAAUUUAUCCGUACGCGCCGCCGCCAACCACCUACCAUCAUUGAACCCAGUCCACCGUCUUUUCUCUUAUUCUCCAUGUCGCAGCCUCCGUGCCCAAAGCAAAGAUCAAAUCUUUCUUCCUCAAUUGGUUGCUUCCAUGGAAGAGACGCAGCAGACUUAUAUAAUGAUCAAGCCGGAUGGUGUCCAGAGGGGCCUUGUUGGAGAGAUCAUUUCUAGGUUUGAGAGAAAGGGGUUUAAGCUAAUAGGGCUAAAGCUCUUCCAAUGCCCCAAUGAGUUGGCAGAGGAGCAUUACAAGGAUCUAAAGUCCAAACCUUUCUUUCCUAAGCUGAUCAAAUACAUUACAUCUGGUCCUGUUGUGUGUAUGGCUUGGGAGGGAAUUGGUGUCGUUGCAUCAGCCCGAAAGUUAAUAGGAGCUACCAAUCCUCUUGAUGCUCUACCCGGUACCAUCAGAGGCGACUUUUCUCUUCAAACUGGAAGGAAUGUGAUACAUGGAAGUGAUAGCCCUGAGAAUGGCGAGCGUGAAAUCGAUCUUUGGUUCAAAGAAGGAGAAUUAUGCACAUGGACACCGGCUCACGAGCCGUGGUUGAUUGAAUAACAGACCGGUCGCGUCUGUUGUUCCAAUUAAUGGGAGAGGAAGUGAUUUGAUUGUUUCACUUUGACAAUUUCCCACAAAUGAAAAUGUUGGGAGAGAAUGAAUAAGGGACUGAAUACUUAUAGGCCCUAUUUGACAGCCUUUAGUUAUUUCUAUGAGGGGUUUGUAUUACCUGGCUUAUUAGUAAUUUCC